AUGGCAAAUGACCCCGAAGCUACCGACGUGAAACCGUCGUCAUCGCGUCCGAAUGGCGUCGAGCACCCAGAAACGGUUCCCUCACCUGAGAUGGAGGCCAAUGCGUUCUUCAGACCGCCCAACCAGUCCAAUACGAAGAAAAGGAAACUUCCUCCCAUUCUCGAUCACUUCAACGUGAAGGACCUGAAAGUCCUUUUCAAGUGCUCGUUGUCCGUAUGGAUCAUAACCCUGUUUAUCGUCAUUGACCCGGUGUUGCGAGCGUAUGGCCAGGCUCUCUUCUUUGGAUGUAUCGUCCUCUUCAUCGCUCCACCUUCGGGCAUAGUAUCCCUCCAGAUCAUGAUUGGCAUCACAGUCCUUCUGGGGAUGGGACUGGCGUGGGCAUGGGGUUGCAUAACGAUGAAGGCUGCCCUGGCCGCCAGACCUCCGGUUGAGACCAAUCAGCGACUGGGUCAACUGGCCCAAGAAGCCAGCCAAAAUGCGACCUAUGUCGGCCAAUUGACGGGACAAACGACAUACGCUCAAGUUUUGGUGUAUGACGGGUUCAUGCUGGACGCCCGGGUAACGGCGAUAUAUUUUUGCAUGAGCUGUCUGUUCAUCUAUUUCUUGGCACGUCUUCGUGUCGCGGCGCCAAAAUUCAUUCUCAUUCAGAUGUUCGGCACCAUGGUCACUGACAUCUAUCUUACCACCGCACCCCUCCUCCCAUCCUUUUCCGGAACCAUUCCCACCGUCCUUAUCAAGCCGGCGGCAACCGCUGUGGGAGUGGGAAUCUUUUGCAACAUCUGCUUCUUCCCCGAAUCAACGUCUCAUAUCGUUUUGGCCAACAUCAAGGAGAUGAUUGCACCGAUGGGUGAAUUUGUCGAUGCUUGUCGGAUCAGCUUCGACAAUUCGACCAAACCGAUGAGUAUCGAGAGCCUGCGGCGAGCGAAAGCGGCGGGGAUUGCCAGUUACAAAACCCUGGAAGGCCGCAUGACCUUUCUUCCUCUGGACGUGUCGAUCGGCCGUUGGAAUGCCGAAGAUAUCGGGCUGUUGAAGAUUCCCCUGAAACACGUUUUCGUCACUUGGGCCAGUCUCCUAGAAUCGCAGCUCACUCGUGCGGAGUCGAGGAUGCGAAUUGAUCGACUCCUGCAACGUGAUGACGCACGAAGGAACGGUGCCGAUAUCAAGGAUCAGCCCAAAUUUGGACAGCACCAGCUCGCACUGCAACUAGACUUCGCACGACUGUUCCAGAGCGCCGAGUCGGAGGAUCUGGUCGUCAAGAGCAUGACGGCUUUACGGAACACCAGUGAUCCUUUACUCGCCACCUGCAAGAAAGCACUCGAAGCGAUUAUGGAGAUCCUCCAGCUCGUCAACGAGAGAAAAUUCUAUCGUCGGCCCUCCGCGGAUACGUGGGAGACCGUGUUGAUGAAACAUACGGACAUCUUGAAAACCUUACGCAAGAAUUCGCAAGACUUCCUGAAUCACACUCCGACGGGCCUUCUUGACCCCCACGCACACUUUUUCGACAAGGAUGGUCUCCUCAACCCCCCGCCAGAGAGCGGCAUGGCGCCGAUGCGAGGAUUGGUUAUCGGGUUGAUCCUGGAGGAACGCAUCAUCAGCUUCGCACAGGCCCUGGAACACCUCCUGGCUCAAAUUGUGGCCUUGGAAGAGCAGAGAACACGAACCCGGCUGUGGAUGCCAACGGGCCUUCGGCAUCUCACAUCAUGGAUAUUUGGGCGUGAGCCCGCCGCUCAAGUGACUCCAGUGCUAGCCGAGCUCGAACAAGAGCAGAAGAAGUCGAAACCGAAACGUCGUCGUCGUCGUCGUCGUCAUCGACAUGCGGGAAAGAAUGGAGAAGAACUUUGGAGCCAGUCAGACGAACUGAAAGUGACGGCUUCCCGUCAACUGACUUCCAUACAUCUGCAUCGGGGGAAGGAGCGAAGUCGUCUAAGCCGCUUUACCCUGUCGGUGAUCCGCUGGUUCUCCAACACCGAAGGCAUGUUCGCCCUGCGGAUGCUCAUCGUGACCAUCGCGUUGGCCAUUCCAGCCGUGAUCCCGUCCAGCGCGGGUUUCUAUUUCCGACAAAAAGGUCUGUGGGCUUUAAUUAUGGGCCAAAUAUCCCUGGUCCCCUACGCCGCAGACUUCACCUGGGGCUUGAUGUUGAGGGUUGCCGGCACCGUCAUCGGCGGCGUCCUCGGCAUGGUCGCUUGGUAUAUCGGUGCCGGAAGCGGAGAUGGGAAUCCAUAUGGUAUCGCGGCCAUCAUGGUGCCCUUUAUCAUCCUCCUCAUGUGGGGCCGUCUCUUCGGACCGCCAGCCUUAUUGCAAGCGUUCAUGCUCGCUGCUGCGACGGCCUACCUCACCGUCGCGUACAGCUGGGUCGACACCCAUAUCCCCAGCUACGGCAACCCAGGUGUCGGUUACAACGUCUUCUGGCGCCGAAUUCUGCUCGUCCUCGUCGGCUUUGCCGCGGCCGCCAUCGUCAUGUACUUCCCUCGUCCACCCUCCGCCGGCCGGCACUACCGACGCGUCCUAUCCGCCACCCUUUCCAAGUUCCAGGACAUCUACGCGCUUUUCAUCAGUGAAUUUCCGAGGAACCAUCGGGGUGACGACAACAAACACAGGAAUCCCGAGCCGAUCUCGACGCUUGAAAAAACCGUCAUCGCCUCGGCUGAUACCCUAUCCACCAUCGCCGGUCCCAUCCAACUGCUGCGCUUCGAGUUCUCCUCCUCCGACUUCACCUCGGCCGGUCUUUCGCAACUCACUGCGCUCGCCACACGCGUUAAUUUCAACCUUUUCCAGCUGUUCUACUACUCUUCCCAACUCCCCGACGACUUUCGACGCCGACUGCGACUCCUGUCGGGGGUAUUCGAGGAGCAUUUUGUUGGCGACUUCAUGGCAGUGCUCAGCUUAUUGAGUCACGCUCUCGAAACUGGGCAAGCAUUGCCGAGCGUGCUCUCCGCACCAUUGACAGUCCGCGCUUUCCGUGACCGUGUCAUCCACACUCCAGGAUCCAAGAAGGAACAACACGUUCGCAAACUCCUCGGUCCUGUCACGCGUGCUAUGAUCGAAAAUGAGCAGGAAGGCUUUCGUAAAUACUGUGUCGUGUUGUCCGCGCUCGUCGGCCUACUGAAUGCCGUUGACGAGAUGGUUCUCGUCGUCAAGGACGAAUUAGGGGAGAGCCAUAUCGUGGAUAUCGAGAGCUGGGGAGCUGAAUUUUAUCCCGAUGCGGAACAUAUCAUCGAAAUCGAAGAGCAUGAUGAAAAGGAUGGGUUGUUGCGCCAGUAA